AUGUCAUCUCAAAUAAAGAAGAUUUGUAAUUCGAUAAAUCGCGAGCAACUGCAAAGUAUUCGUGACUUAACAUCAGGACAUUUGAAUGAAAAUCAUUUACAUCGUCAUCAUCCAACAACAAAUGAAGAAUCAAAACCAUGCUGGCCAUCUUCCAAAAAACCUCAUCCAACUCUGCGACCAGCUCAUCACUUUAAAACCGACUCAUCAAAUGUUGAAGAAAUGAAAAAUACGUUAGUCGACUUUACUUAUUUGACUUUACCUGAAAUUCCAAUAAAAAAAUCGCCAAAAUCAAAAAAAUCCGAUGAGCAACUAUCCUCAUCCAUAACUAGUGAACAAUUACCACCGAUCAUGAACGAACGUAUUCAAGUUCCAGCAUUUUCAAUAGAUCUGUCUGAAGAACAACGAGUACGUAAAAUGAAAACAUUCAAUGAUAUGGUUUUGCAAAAGAAUGAUGUCAAUUUACAUGGCUUGGGAUAUAGUGAAGAUUUUGUUGCUUUUGUUGAACAAAAUCUUAUAUUAAAAUUAACCACUAUUGAAAGUCAAAAUAAAGGUCAAAUAAUUAGUUUAAGUCGUCUACAAGCUUAUGGUGAAGCUAUGAGUCAAUUGAUUGAAGGAUCAGUUGCCUUUGGUCCUAUUCUUGAACGUAUCAAAGAUGAAUAUGAAUUAUAUCUUGAUCAUUUAUUGACUACUCAACCUGAAUAUGGCACUCAAGUUGCUGAACAAUUAAAACGAUUACGUCGAAAUCAACCGAAUUUCUCAACAGCUGAUUCAGAACUAUUCGAUAUUGAAAAAAUCGAAGAACAAACAAGACAAGCAUUAAAACGAAAUCGAACAUUGAAUGAAGAACUUAAACGUAUAAAACAAGAACAAAUUAAUAUGAACGCUGCUGAAUUAGUUCAAGUUGUAGAAAUUGCUGUUACGCCAACAGAAGUAAAAAUUAAAACACAAGCAGAACAAAUUGAUGAUUUGAGACAAAACAUAUUCGAUUUAUUCGAUCGCAUAGCAAGAAAAAAACGAGAAUUAACUGACAAUUUUGUUCCAAUAUCUGUGUGUACACAAAUUCAACAAGCUAUGCGAGAUGCAGAAAUGGAUGUAAUAAAAACAAAUAAACAAAAUCAAGCAUUAUUAGAUGAACUCGAUACUUUAGAAGAAAGAAUAAGACAGGAAAUUCUUACAUACGAUCAAAGUGAAUUCGCUCAGGAAAAUGUUGAUCAAAUUAUUCAACUGCUUAAGAAAGCCGAUGUAUUGCAUAUGAAAAAAUCGAUUUUUAAUGAAGAUGAUAUUGAAGAUCAACACUUUCUGCAUACGUAUGAUGAUUAUUUUUCAUAA